UAUUUGCGAACGAUUAUAAUAUUCGGUGUGCUGCAUCCUUCGUAUAAAACAUACAAGGCAAUUAAAAAACGGGAUUACCAAGAAGUGGUAUGUCCGAGAGCCUCUCACAUUCUUGUUUUUGAAAGUAGGCUGCCGUUCUAUUACGAGGCGAAGAUUGCAUUCGUCAUAUGGCUGGUAACGCCAGCUACAUCUGGAUACAGCAUAAUUUAUCGCAAGUUAAUUCACCCUGAGCUUUCGAAGCGAGAAACAGUGGGUCUUCUGUCCGCUGCGGAACAUGGGUACACCAAAGUUGUCGAGUUCGGCGCAAAAGGUUUGAAUUAUGCUGCAAAGACAGUUUUGUCAACGGCACUCAUGUCUUCAUUUUAUUUACCACAGGUGGCUUGGAAUUUUGGUGAUUCUAUCAUCUCCGUUCCAUCUUUGUCAGAUUUAAAAACUAAUGGUAACAGUUGGUAUAUUCCUAACGCAUAUUUAGCAUUGUAG